AUGUCAUUACCGAAUUCAAAUAACUCAACGCAACUCGUUCGUGCUUCCGGUUGGCCAAAAACAACUGCUCCAAGUGCGACGAUCAAUUCAACUACUUCUACAACACCGACCUCUGCAACAGCAACUACCACUGUGCAAACACCCACCACACCAAAUCAAACAAAUUCAACACCGCCAAUACUAACUGCUCUAACUGAUAACAAUUCAAAACUAAAUAAUUCAGCAACAAAUAGCAGCAGUCAAUCAUUUACGCACUUGGAACGUACAAUACAAAGUUAUCCAUUAACAAAUUAUACAUUUGGUACAAAAGAUGCAUUAUAUGAACGUGAUAGCUCUGUACAAGCACGUUUUCAACGUAUGAGAGAAGAAUUUCAGACAAUGGGUAUGCGACGUUCAGUUGAAGCCGUUUUAUUGGUUCAUGAACACAAUCUACCACAUGUUUUAUUGUUACAACUGGGUACAACAUUUUUUAAGUUACCAGGUGGUGAGUUAAAUCCUGGUGAGGAUUCAAUUGAAGGUUUAAAACGUUUAUUAAACGAAACACUUGGUCGUCCUGAAGUUACUCCGCAAAAUCAAUGGCUAGUCGAAGAUGUUAUUGGUAAUUGGUGGCGACCAAAUUUUGAAGCACCACGUUAUCCCUAUGUUCCUGCACAUAUAACAAAACCAAAAGAACAUAUUAGAUUAUAUCUUGUUCAAUUAGGUGAAACAUCCAUGUUUGCUGUACCAAGAAAUUAUAAACUUGUUGCUGCACCACUCUUUGAAUUGUACGAUAAUAGUUCUGGUUAUGGUCCGAUUAUAUCCAGUUUACCGCAGGCAUUAAGUCGAUUCAAUUUUAUAUAUAAUUGA